AUGUCAAAGAGAGGAAGAGGAGGACAAGUCGGUAUUAAAUUGAGAAUCACACUCGCUUGCAACGUUGGUGCAGUACUCAACUGUGCUGAUAACUCAGGAGCCAAGAAUAUCUAUGUCAUUUCAACUUUUGGAAUUAAGGGACAUUUGAGCAGAUUACCCUCUGCCUCCAUUGGUGAUAUGGUCUUAUGCUCAGUCAAAUAGGGUAAGCCAGCACUCAGAAAGAAGGUCAUGUAAGCAGUCGUCGUCAGAUAAAGAAAGCCAUACAGACGCCGAGAAGGAUAUUACAUUUAUUUCGAAGACAACGCUGGUGUCAUCAUCAAUCCAAAGGGUGAAAUGAAAGGAUCUGCCAUUACAGGUCCAGUUGGAAAAGAAGCUGCCGAUUUAUGGCCAAAGAUUGCAUCAGCCGCUGGUUCAGUUCUUUGAUAAACUUGCAAUAUAUUCAAGUAUAUUAAUAAACAAACAUUUUCUCAUUUGUUAAUCAUCCCUUCAUCUUUUAUUUACUUUUGAAUUUAUGGAUAUAAUAAUGACCAAAACUUUCUAAAUCAAUAAAAUUUAA